AUGACUCUCGGAACAUCACCUAAGGACUUUAAUCCAAACUCUUUACCUUUCAACGAUCCGGAACAGAUCAGAAAAGUCGCAAUUGUUACUGGUGGAAAUAGUGGCAUCGGCUACUACACGGUCCUCCAUUUAUUUACUCAUGGUUGGGACGUCUACCUAGCUGCGCGUAAUCCAAAUAAAGCCGCAGAAGCCAUUUCCAAAAUCAAGGUGGAAGCCGAAAGCCGCAAAGGUGAAUUGCCUGCUCGCGCAGUUUUUGGGAAAAUAUACUUUGUUCAGCUGGAUCUUUCAUCUUUAGAAAAAACCAAAAAGGGUAUUGCCGAGUUUCUUUCCAAAGAGUCACAGCUUGACCUUUUGGUUAACAAUGCCGGAACUUUGGUUCUUCCCAUUGAACUCAAUGAAGACAAUCUUGAUGUUCAGAUUCAGACUAACCACGUUGGUCCAGUUUACCUUACAAUAAGCUUACUUCCUCUGCUUUUAAAGUCAAAGUGUGGACCCAGGGUUGUUUUUGUAUCUUCUCUUGGCCAUUAUUUCACUGAUGGACCUAAAGACCUUGGACGCGUUUACAAAUAUGCUCCGGGUAUUCUUUCAGCAUGGCUGCGAUACAGCAAUAGUAAACUUGCAAACAUUCAUGCUACAAGAGCUUUAGAAAAACGAUAUCCGUCUAUUUUAUGGUUGGCAGUUCAUCCGGGCAUAUGCACACAAACAAACAUUAACACUUUUUGGACGGGGCUACCUAUCGUGGGGCCGAUCAUUGGCUUUUUCUUCAAUUCUCUCCAAAACGUUGUUGGAAUUUCCAAUGAAGAGGGCGCUUACAAUUCUCUUUUUGCUUCUCUGUCACCAGACCUAACUUUUGAAGAAAACGGAGCAUACUUUAAUCCGGUAGGCUUUGAGACUCAAACCUCAAAAAUUGCUUCAGAUCCUGAAAGAAUACAAUACACCUGGGACUGGACCAUAGAAAAUAUUGUGAACAGUGGGUACUUGAGUCUGGAAGAAGCUAAUAAACUAGGUGUGUCAAUGUAA